UGCGGUCUUUACAGAUUGGCAGCUCCAGUGGCCAACCCGAAUAUUCCUCCACGUCGGCAGGAUUGAGGAAGAUGGACGCGGUGUUACUGGACCCCUCAUUGUACACCGUGAAAGCGGUUCUCAUUUUAGACAACGAUGGAGAGAGGCUCUUUGCUAAGUACUAUGAUGAAACCUAUCCAACUGUGAAGGAGCAAAAAGCCUUUGAGAAGAAUAUCUUCAAUAAAACGCACAGGACAGACAGUGAAAUCGCUCUCCUUGAGGGUCUGACUGUGGUAUAUAAGAGCAGCAUUGACCUGUACUUCUAUGUUAUUGGAAGUUCCCAUGAGAAUGAGCUCAUGUUGAUGGCUGUUCUGAAUUGCCUUUUCGAUUCAUUGAGUCAGAUGCUAAGAAAAAAUGUAGAGAAGCGAACACUUCUGGAGAACAUGGAAGGACUGUUCCUUGCAGUUGAUGAAAUUAUAGAUGGAGGGGUCAUUUUGGAGAGUGACCCCCAGCAAGUGGUUCAUCGUGUUGCACUGAGGGGUGAAGAUGUUCCUCUCACAGAACAAACGGUCUCUCAGGUGCUGCAGUCUGCAAAAGAGCAAAUCAAGUGGUCACUCCUCCGAUAGCGUAUUCAUCUGUUCUAAGACGUGUUCAUUCCAUCUUUUUGGGACCUCCUGCCCUAGUUCCCAGUUCUUACCCUUUGUCUGUUCAUAUCCCACUGGUUUGGGGCAGUGGCACUGACGUCUACCACACCUUUGCAGCAGCAAGGGGCAAUAACUUGCAUUACUAUUGUACGCCUUGUUAAAAUUCUGAUUUGAUUUGUCCAACCUUAAAAUGUUGCUACCGGCUCAGUAUGUGGGGACAUUGGGUGAUCUCCUGUCCUGCUGAUGGUAAGAGCCUAAAUGAA